GAACCCUGCUUUAACCGAUUGGGCUCGAUGAGGCCCUGUCAUUGCCGUUACUUUUAAUAGAGACAAAAAGUAGGAAAAACGGGAAUUUAAAAAAUCCCUGUUAUUACCGGAUCCCUGUUAUUAUCGGGCCAGUUAUAUUUGGUUUCUACUGUACCUUUUUCUUUUUUUCUCAGGAUGAUUUGGCACAGUUUUCGAUUGAACGCAACAACGUCAAGAAGAAAGUAUGGUUUGAUGCAAAAUCCACUCCAAAGUACUCCACUGAUCUUGUGACCCGCAUGACGCAGAAGGUCAAGUUAAAGGCUAACCUGAGUGACGAAGACACCGAACUCUUGACACUAGAGCGAAUGAGAUCUGAUCUUUCCUUUGACAGUGGGAUAGGAACUGGAACGUUUGACGACAGCCGACGCCCGUCUUUGACUCGCGAGAACACGACCUUAUCCAUGAAUGAGGCUCUGUUGCGAGAGUCGUCCUCUUCCUCCCUCACUAGUGACGCCACAGCUGCCUCUCGAUCUGCUGGAGACAGAGACAAGCCUGGAAACAGAGACACUUUGAGUGGACGGGCUAACAAAAGAAAAACAAGGAGCUUCAACAAGAAAAAGCAGGUGGACUUUUUCGAUAAAGACCUGCGAAAAAUAUCCAUAGGGGAAACUUUGGAGGAAGAGGAGGAAGAUGAAACUGACGGAGCGCCAACCACCAAAGAGCUUAGGCUGGCGAGGGAGGAUUCGUUGUUAUACUUUCGCAAGCCCUCAGGCUGGCUUCACGGGAAGGAACUGACACCAAGCCUGCUGAGAGACUUAGAGAAGACAGCAACGAUGUCCCGUUACGCUGAGCUUCUUCUGCCGGACUAUCUUCAAAGCAGAGAGGACGAAGCUCCCAUCACCCCUGAGCCUAAAAAAGGACCGGAGUAUACAGAGGAACAACUAAAGAAUCUCACACCUUGGGAGAGAUGGCUGCUUGGCCGAAAACCUAUUAUUGCUCCUGAUGGAUACAUUCCAAACUCUGUUGUGCGCGCACAGAUAGGAUACAUUAAACCGGAAACACCCAGAGAUUCUUGGAAGCUCAAGCCGGUACCAGAGUCCGAUCCACGCCAUCUGCCUGAAGGCUACAAACCAAUGAGAGAACGGUCUUAUAACAGAUCAGAGAGAGAUUCAGUCAGCGAGGAGCCAGACCUGAAUAACAUUAUGACCAUGAGGAACCAGUCCACUGUACAGAGGGUCAAAAUACAGCAAAGCAUUAAGGAGGCCUCGCUCUACAUUGGCACAUCCAUGUGUCUUCUGCCCGACGGCACUGAACCUGAGGGUGUUCCGACCUUCGCGUGGCGUUCCGACAAGGAGCAGGUAGCUGACCUGACCCCAUUACCAAGACCACGGACAGAGGACAAUACUCCGGUCAAGGAGGUGUCUUUUGUGACCCCUGUCCCGGUCAAAGUCACCCCAAGUCAGGAGAGUCCAGGUGGCAUUAAACUUGACUUCAAGACACAAAGCAAGCCUUUGAGAAAAGUGGACAUUGAUCUAGGAGGCGGUUUGUCCCUCGAGGUCGGCGCUCACAGAGGCCCCCCUAGAGUAGGGAAGAUGCCACCACCUCUCGACAUGGAGAAGUCCAAAUCUUUCCGUCUAUCACAGGCGGUGUCUGAGACGCCUUUGGAAUUGCCCAUUGAGGAGUCAGAGAGAGGCACGGAGGAGCAAUCAAACCCAAGCCCGACACCCACAGAUACAAGUGCCGCUACCACUGCCACCACCGCUACCACUCAGAGCAAGAGAACUGCAGGAGAGAAAAAGACAAAUAAGGUGAAGGAAGGAAAGCAUCCCGUGGUCAGAGAGAGAAGUAACAUCAGAAAGCCAAUGGCGCCACCACCAAAGAAAUUGACAAAGGAAGAAGAACUGUCUCUUCUUCAAAAGAUCGUCAGAGAAGAGUGGUUUCCGCCUGGAGUGCCUCCUUUACUUGAGCUGGUCAAUGAUGAGCUGAGCAAGCUUCUUGACGUUACGGACACAAAGAUCUUCACUGCUGUUUGUGACAGCUUAGUACAGAUCUAUCAAGAGUUAAGCAUCGCCCCGAAGUUCCUGACUCGCGCUUCGGACAAAUUGACCAAACAGCUGACCAGCCCGUCGGCCAUCACCAGAAAGAAGGCUGUGUGGACGCUGAAGCAGCUUGGACUCCAGCAGACUCAAGCCAGGAAGGAUAUCUUGGCGUCGCUAUUACCCAGUCUGCUUGAUGAUAAAGAUGACCGUAGACAAGAGCUGGUACAGACUUUGAGUGAGCUGAUGGGUGGGAGUAGCUCCAAGGAGGGACUGCAGACAAUGAUGUCUUCGCUUGGUAUUUCUCGGCCUAUCAACACUAAAGAGGAACAGGUACAUGACCUAGACAUAAUAAGUGCGGCUGAAAGUCAAAGAUAUCUGUGUGUGUAUGUGUGUAUGUUUUUGUGUGCUUGUAUGAGUGAGGGAGAGAGAGAGGGGGGGAAUGUUUUGCAGAGUAUCACAACUGGUAAAUGAUCAUUCUAUGAGCAUUGUGUGCGUGUGUAUGUGUUCUUAAUUUGAAGUACAAUGUUAUAGUUAUCCCUGCUCACCAUGGGGAGGUAGGAAUAGACUUCAAAGAGGGUAUAUGUAUUACAUACUUAUCAUUUUAUGUUGGAUAUCAAUGACUAAUCCACAGACACAACGCAAGUGUACACUUAAUACACAAGACAUC